UCCACGUUCCAAUUUACUUUGUCAUCAUCAUGAAUAAUCUUUUCUUCAUUAUCUGCUUUUGCUUAUGCAUUCAAACCCAUGCAUCAGCUUCUUCGAAUUCUUCCAAAUCAAACACACAGUUUCCAAAAGAAGCUCACCCCACAAUAUCAGGUUACCUUUCUAUCAGCAAAACCUCUUCUUCCGCCUUCUUCUACACUUUCUAUGAAGCUCAGAACUCGACCUUGCCUCUCUCCAAAACCCCGCUUCUCAUUUGGCUCCAAGGUGGCCCUGGAAGCUCCUCCAUGAUUGGCAGCCUCUAUGCGGUUGGACCAUGGCGUAUCACAGAAUCCAUCACGUUUGAACCCAACCCUGGUGCUUGGAACAAGUUCUUUGGCGUUCUCUUUCUUGAUAACCCCAUUGGCACUGGAUUCAGUAUAGCCUCAUCACCGCAAGAGAUCCCAACGAAUCAAGAAGGUAUUGCCAAACACCUUUAUGUUGCUCUUACAAGGUUUCUUCAACUUGAUCCUGUUUACAAACACCGCCCUAUUUAUAUUGUUGGCCAAAGUUAUGGAGGAAAGUAUGCGUCUACAACUGGAAAUUACAUAUUGAAAAGAAAUGCACGGUUGCAUGCUUCUAAAAGAGUGAAUCUUGUUGGUGUGGCUAUUGGGAAUGGAAUAAUUGAGGCAGUGACCCAAUCCCGCACGCAUCCUGCUAAUGCUUAUUAUGAGGGUCUGAUCAAUGCGAGGCAAAAAAGUGAGUUGGAGAAGGAUCAACUGGAAAUAGUUAGGUUGGCACAGAUUCGGCAUUGGAGUGAAGCAACGAUUGCAUGGCGAAGACUCCAGGGGAAGUUGCAAAACAUGUCUGGGCUGGCUACUUUGUAUGAUUACACACGGAAAGAUCAUCCUUAUCACUAUCAAGAUUGGGUUACUCAAUUCUUGAAUAUAGCUGAAGUGAAGAAGGCAUUGGGCGUGAACGAAACUCAAGUGUUUAAAUCGAGCAGCAGUAAUGUUGGGGAAGCAUUGCUAGGAGAUAUAAUGAAGAGUGUGAAGUUUAUGGUGGAGGAGUUGUUGAAGAGCAACACUAUUAGGGUGUUGUUGUACCAAGGUCAACUUGAUUUGGUUGCUGGUCCGGUUCAAACUGCGGCAUGGGUGAAUAAUAUGAAAUGGGAAGGGAUUGAAGAGUAUGUGAAUGCAGAGAGGAAGAUAUGGAGGGUGAAUGGAGAGCUUGCUGGCUAUGUCCAACAAUGGAAGUCACUCACCAAUGUUGUUGUCUUGGGUGGUGGCCAUCUUAUGGCUGCUGACCAGCCUGUUAAUGCUCAGACAAUGAUACAAGAUUGGGUCUUGCAAAGGGGUUUGUAUCAAAAUGUGUAACAAAAACAUGUAGCUAAAAAUUGUUGUAUUGAAAAGGAAAAAUCAUAAAUAGAUAAAUGAAUAAUUCAAGUUACCCCUUAAAAAAAUUUGUUAACCUUUAAUUUAAAUUAAUUAUAUC